ACCCCAAGAACAAAAGACAUGGUCAAUGGAACAAGACAAAACUUUCAGAAGAAACAUCUGCGAAAUUCAUAAUUCUUUGCUCAAUUCCAUUCUCCACUCCGAUACGCAAGACACCAAGAUUUCGUUCUGUAACUGAAACCCACAUUCCCUGCAGUCGUUUGAAGAUGGAAAGGUUUUGGAAAUACAAUCGGUUUAAGCUGCGGUUAGCAAUCCUUUUUGUUGUUGCAUUAGUAAUCGACCACAGUUCCAGCCUCUGUUGGUCUCUCAACACCGAAGGAUUGGCGUUGUUGAAGUUUCGAGAUGGAAUUGAGAGGGAUCCUUUAGGGGUUUUGUCUGGUUGGAAUAACGACGAUGAAGCGGCGGAUUUGGGUCCUUGUUCUUGGUUCGGCGUUGAGUGUUCUGAUGGAAAAGUGGUCAUAUUGAAUUUAAGAGAUCUAUGCCUUGAAGGAACGCUAGCACCAGAGCUCGGAAAGCUAACAAAUGUAAAGUCCAUUAUUUUACGCAAUAAUUCUUUCUAUGGAACAAUUCCUCAAGAAAUUGGAGAUUUGAAAGAACUGGAAGUGCUGGAUUUGGGAUACAAUAACUUCACUGGGCCAUUCACAUCUGAUCUUGUCAAUAACCUUUCCCUAUCAAUUCUUUUAUUAGACAACAACAAUUUUCUCGAUAAUCUUUCACCAGAAGUAAACAACCUCAAAACACUCUCUGAGUUUCAAGUAGAUGAAAACCAGCUCACAAACGCUCAUAAUAAUGACUUCAUCUGUAACAAAAGAUCCAGUUCUUGGAAUGCAAUUGAAUCCGGAUAUGUUACAGAAAGAAAGCUAUUACAGGCUUCACCAUCAUCAUCAGUUGUUCCAGUUUCAUCUAUAUCAUUGCCUCCAUCUGCCACAUCACCUUCCAUGUCACCAGUUUCAGCCCCAUCACCUUCCACGUCACCAGUUUCAUCCCCAUCACCUUCCACGUCACCAGUCUCAUCCCCAUCACCUCUUUUCCCAAUUCCAGCAGAAACACCAUCUUUAUUACCAGAAAACAAACCUGCUUUAGCUCCUUCACCCAGAAGCUUUAUAUCUUAUAAAUCAAAACAUCACAGAGUUCUUAUAUGGUCUGGGGUAUUAGGAGGAUUUAUGUUUAUAUUUCUGUCUGUUUUUGGAUUUGUAUUUUUUAAAAGAAGCAGAGUGGUUACUGUUAACCCAUGGGCAACAGGGUUAAGUGGACAGCUGCAAAAAGCAUUCACAACAGGUGUUCCUAGUUUACAGCGCCCUGAACUUGUGACAGCUUGUGAAGAUUUUAGUAAUAUAAUCGGGAGUAUGUUAGAUGGAACUGUUUAUAAAGGGACUCUUUCAAGUGGGGUUGAAAUAGCUGUGACAUCAACUGUUAUAACGUCUGUUAAAGAUUGGACUAAGAGUUUAGAAACACAGUUUAGAAACAAGAUAGAGAUGUUGUCGAAGGUGAAUCACAAGAACUUUGUGAAUUUGAUUGGGUAUUGUGAAGAACAAAAACCUUUCACAAGAAUGAUGGUUUUUGAGUAUGCUCCAAAUGGGACCCUCUUUGAGCACUUGCAUAUUAAAGAAUCCGAACACCUUGACUGGUCAAUGCGGUUGCGUAUAGCUAUGGGCAUGGCAUACUGCCUUGAAUACCUCCACCAAUUCAACCCACCCAUCACCCACAACAACCUCCAAUCUUCUUCUAUAUAUCUAACCGAAGACUACGCUGCCAAAAUCUCAGAUUUCAGCUUUUGGGAUUCCCAAAAAACGGGACCCACAAAACCCAACUUUUUACAUACAGACGAUACCCUAUCUUCAUCUUCAUCUCCACAAACAAAUGUCUACAGCUUUGGUUUGAUCCUAUAUGAACUAAUCACUGGUAAGGUACCAAACCCUAAUAGUAACACCCCAACCCCAUCAUGGGUAUCGGAUUUUUCAGUGGAUCCGACUUUGACUUGGGUCAAACAAGAUUCGGUUGAUGAACUAUUUCAAGUGGUGAAAAGUUGUGUACUUUUAGAACCUAAUGAAAGACCGAGUAUGAAAGAGGUGACAUCUAGGUUAAAGGAGAUCACAGACAUGACACCUGAAAGCACGAUACCAAGAUCAUCUCCACUUUGGUGGGCUGAACUUGAAAUUUUAUCAUCGACAGAAUCUAUUUAGAAACAUUUUGUAAUCCUAUUUUUUUAAGUGAGUGAGUUUUAUCUGUGUA